CCCCUUAUAACCACCGCCAUUUUCUAAACCCUAACCCUAGUAGAGAAGACUUGCAAUCGCUCCCCAACCCCCGUAAACUCCUUUGCCGUCUUCUCGAAGUAAAGUUAACAAAAUGUCGCUCGGAGAAGUAGUUUGCACUUACGCUUGUUUGAUCCUCAACGACGAGGACAUUCCAAUCACUGCAGAGAAAAUUUCUGCUUUAGUGAAAGCGGCUAAUGUGACAGUCGAGCCUUACUGGCCUCUGCUGUUUGCUAAGCUUGCUGAGAAGAGAAACCUUGGGGAUCUCAUCAUGAAUGUCGGUGCUGGUGGCGGUGGUGCUGCAGUUGCUGUUGCUGCUCCCGCUGGUGGUGGUGCUGGUGCUGCAGCAGCUGCCCCUGCUGCAGAGGAAAAGAAGGAAGAGCCCAAGGAAGAAAGUGAUGACGACAUGGGGUUCAGUCUGUUUGACUAGGAGCUCCUUUCAGUAUGAUAUUUGGUUCCUUUUUAGAGAAUUGAUGAAACUUGGUAAUAGCACCCUUUAUAAGGAGAUUUUUGAUCUGUUUGUCACAAUUAAAUGUAAUCUUGAGGUUAUGAUUUAUGAACAUCUGUCAUGUCAGUAAUUGCUACUUAUUGUCGACUCCAAUCAUGUCCCUUUAUUGCUGUGACACUUUGAAGUUUCCAUGUGCAUUUGUAGCUGUAUUCUUAUAGUAAGUACUGGCGAGGAGAAAACCAUUCCUACCCUUUUCCCAAACAGUACAGGAACAGCAAUCCUUCUAUUUGUGUGGUCCUGUAUUGUAUAGCUGGAUAGUAGGAUAUGUGGUUGAGAAUAAGUUCAUUUAUGACUCGGGAACUCAUGGGAGAAGCUGAAGUUUUCUGUUA